AUGGGAGCUAGAUUUGAUAGAACUGUUGAUAUGGAACCCAAUGACCUCACUGACUAUGGCACUAAGUUGUUGGAGGUGAGGGCUGAUGAAAGCAGGUUUUGCCAUGUUGUUGAAGCUGGUGGCGGGGAGUUUGAGGUGUUGGAUGAUCAUGUGCACUUCCCUAUUAGGCUAGAAAGUAGGAUGUGUGGUUGUGGCAAAUGGCAGGGCACUGGUAUACCCUGCAAACAUGGUUUGAGGGUUAUUUUUGACGAGAGGCUUGACCCACAUGACUAUGUCUCUGCCUACUACAAGGGAGAUGCAGACAAAGAGAACUAUGCUAGCCACAUACACCCCAUGCCUGACUCAUCUCAAUGGCCUAAGUUUGAACUCCCUAUAAUUCACCCUCCUCCAUUCAGAAGAAGUGUUGGAAGGUCUGCUAAACAGAGGAAGAGAUAG